AUGGUCUUUUCCCUAGAAUUCCAUAGACUACCCCCAGGGUCUUACAACCAAGUGCCAUGGGCUACCCCUAUGGUCUUUCAUGCAAUUGACAUGGGCUACCCCCACGGUCUUUCAUACAAAUUCCAUGGGCUACGCCCAAGGAAAUCAGAAAGGAGAAACAUUGAAAGUAACACCCAACAAAAAGCUUCCCUACGCCAACUUCUCUCCAACGGAAUUGAAUCGAUUCAACACAUUCUUGUUCCUCCACCACCCAACACCCCCCUCCUCCCAUUAGGGUUCCACCUUCUCCUCCAUAAAAUCUAUUUCGAUUUCAAUUCAAUCAAGAUUCACAAAGUUUUCCUCAAGGAACCAGAAGCAAAACCAAAGCCGCCCAGCUUUCCGUUUCUCUCAUUUUCCCCAGAUUUGAACAACAAUCAAAAUCAAGAAUCUCUAAUCCGCAGAUUUGGGGAUUCCGUGCGAGAAAUGUGGGAUGUCAGAAGGAUUCAUGAAUCUCCUUUCGAUGGAUUGUUAUGGUAUCGAGAUAUCGGAAAAUACAGUGGCGGAGAUUACUCCAUGGCCGUCGUUCAGGCUAACCAGGUGCUUGAAGACCAAAGCCAGAUCGAGUCUGGUCCUUUCGGUACAUUUGUUGGCGUCUAUGAUGGUCAUGGCGGACCUGAUGUCGCCCGAUACGUUUGUGACAACUUGUUCAGGAAUUUUCAAGCAAGAUCUAGCGAGGAUUAUGGUGUGGUGACUCCAGAUACCAUAAAGAACGCGUUUCUUGCAACUGAGAAUGGAUUCACUGCUGUAGUGUCCGAGUUAUUUAACACGCGUCCUAGCAUUGCAACCGUUGGAUCAUGUUGCUUAGUUGGAGUUAUAUAUCAGCAGACUCUUUUCAUAGCCAAUCUUGGAGAUUCACGUGUUGUUCUUGGUAAAAAAGUUGGUAACACUGGAGGAAUGGCAGCUAUUCAGUUGUCAUCAGAGCAUAAUGCAAAUCUUGAGGAAGUUAGACACGAGUUAAAGAAUUUACACCCACAUGAUCCACAGAUUGUUGCUUUGAAACAUGGAGUUUGGAGGGUCAAAGGCAUCAUUCAGGUUUCGAGGUCAAUUGGGGAUGUUUAUAUGAAACACACGGAGUACAACAACGAUCAAAUUUUACCAAAGUUCAGACUUCCCGAAGCAACGGUUAUGCCAAUCAUGUCAGCUACUCCAUCAAUCCUUACUCACGACAUUCAACCAAGCGAUUCAUUUCUCAUAUUUGCUUCUGAUGGUUUAUGGGAACACUUGGGUAAUGAAGAAGCCGUGGAAAUCGUUCAUAAUAAUCCACGCGCCGGAAUAGCAAAGAGGCUGGUGAAAGCGGCGCUGCAUGAAGCGGCAAAAAAGCGUGAAAUGCGAUAUUCUGAUCUCCGGAAAAUCGACAAGCGGGUGCGGCGUCACUUCCACGAUGACAUAACUGUAAUUGUGUUGUUUCUAAACUAUGAUCAGAUAAGUAGGGCCUCCUCCUCCUCCUCAUCAUCAACCAAUGCUCCUCAUGUCUCCCUUCGAAGUGCAUUGGAACACUAGUCAAUGUGUCUUUUGAAUCAUAUAGAGUUUCAUUUUAAUCAACGAGAAAGAGAUGGAAUAUGGAUGUUGUUGAAUCUCAUAAAAUUUUAAGUUCUUUUGUAAUAUGAUGAUGUUUAUUAUCAUGAUCUUUUUUACUCUACUAUAAACGUUCAUAAUAAUUAUUGGUGUUAGAAUUUUUGCCCAAUUCAUCGUUUCUGUUUUGUUAUAAAGAGUUGUUUACAUUGGAG